AUGGCCAAAGCCCAACAAAUACAAUCAGCGGCUAUUCCUGUCACUCUCCGACCCAUCCAAACGGUAAACAUUAAUCCUACCAACGUCAAUACUACCCCUCGUGGCUCAGCGGAGAAUCACGUUGUGUCCAACAGGCGUGGGCAAAUGCAAGGUUAGCCGUACACACUCUUUCCCCCACCCGGCACCAAUGGUGCGAACUAACAAUCACCGUCGUUUCCCCCAAUAGAGGCACAACCCCCGAGAGAUCUCCAACACGUAAGGGAAUGGGUGCUUGCCAUGAAUAGCCCUGAGACGAGCAUUGGAAGGCAGGAGAGGAUCGCAGAGGGUAUACGUCAGAUCGCCGCCCUCACUCGCACCCGAGAUAAUCAUCGGGAUAACGGCAGCGGCGAUGGGCAAGAUGGGGGGGCCCAUUGUCCGGCCACCGACGGCCACUGCCAGGAGCAGGGUUACGGCCCGUACGGGAUUCACAUAG